GAACUCCGAAACCCUAACCAGACUCGUCUUAUAGAAAGAGAACGCCGACACUGGUCGCCACCAUCCAGAUCCAGGUCCUUCCUCGUUAUCUUUCACCAUGCCUUCAGCAGCUUCCCGACUCGUGCGGAUCGGCCGUGCCGCUCGCUCAGCUGCGGCGACCACAUCUCGCUUCGCCCAAUUCGUUGAAGCAGCGACCCUCUCCACGAAGGCGGUGGCGACCAAACCUCACGCUAUCUUAGGUUCAGAUCGUGCCGCCUCCGUAGAUCUGCGUAUGAACCAAUCCACUGUCCAUGCUCCUCCACGCGCCAUGGCACCUGCCUCCCUGACACUCAGUCACCCAGAAGAACAAAGGCAGGAAGGUAAGGUGAAGUUUGUGGUAGAGGAGAAAGACCUUGAGUCAGAAGCAGCCCUUUGGGCCUUGUAUGAGCGCUGGUGCAAAGAUUUCAACCAAAAGCGUGAUCAUGAUGAGAUGGUUCACUGGUUCAACACAUUCAAGGAGACUGUCCUGCUUGUCCACCGUCGGAACAAUGCUAAUCUGCCCUACAAAUUGGGAAUAAACAAAUUCGCGGAUGGGAAGCUAAGGAAGCUCUGUUGCUGUCAUGAUCCUAUUCUUAAAAAGAUUGAUGAGGAGUUUGGCGACAAACCAGGUGAAUUUAUUCUAGGUGAUGGUGACAAACUUCUCAAGCGAGUCUUCGCUGAUUAUAAGGUGGUUCAUGGCAGACUGUAUGUUCAUUUACCAAAGGGAGUUGAUGUGGAAACCAUCACCACCAAUCCUGAAUGGGUCGAGCUGGAAGCGACCACCAACCCUCCAUACCGAUACCCUACUUACAUCUAGUGGUGCUAUCAUUACUGCUACUAAGCUGUGCUUCUGCCAACGGUUGCAUACUAGGACUUGGAUGUUGUCCUUCUUGCUAAUAAAACAUACUCCCUCCGUCCGGAAAUACUUGUCAUCGAAAUGGAUAAAAGAGAUGUAUUUAGACGUAUUUUAGUUUUAGAUACAUCUCUUUUGAUCCAUUUUGAUGACAAGUAUUUUAGGACGGAGGGCGUAUGCAUAAUAAGCUAACCGUGAGCAUAUGAGGAUUACGUUAAUGCUUUUGUAAGAUAUUUUAAACUUUGACUAAGGUGUUGUAAUAUUCCAGAUUCAUCGUUAUGUGCUCAUUAGUCAGGUUUUUUCCUCUCA